AAUGAUGUGGCAAAUUAAAAAUUUAAAUAAAAUAAAAUUUUAAUAAUUCCCACCUCAUUUUUACAAAAAAUUAAAAAAAAAUAAAAACAAUAAAAAAGGUCAACCCAGCAAUCUGCGGUCGGAAGAACUCCGACCAAGGGUCCGUCCCGUCGGCAUCUCUGAAGAUCCGGGGAAGCUUACUCAUCUUAAACCAGAAAUUUCCCAAAAACUCGGAACCUCCUCGCCUCCUGGAUAAUCGGAAUCGACAAUCCUCUAUUUCUGGUGAGGAAGAUUCAUCCACACCGACAUGUACUCCAAGUUGCCAUGCGUGGCACACGUCGUGAAAGUAAAAUUUCGGAUCACCAAACUUUGGGACGCCUCCGUGCCCCCCCCCCCCCCCCUCCAAAGAACACAUCGGUGAUCAGGCACUGUGAGCGCGGGUCCCACCAUGGAGGAGAUAGCGAACAAGAGAUUUGAGCUGGAGAGAAGCGCGAUAGAGCUUCAGGGGGGACUCUGGCGUACUAGUUGCAAUUUUGGUGAGGAGAUAAGGGGGGAAGGGGAGCGAGGCGAGGCGAAUGUUGGAGUCCUGGGUGGCGGUGGUGGGUUCGUCGGAGAGGUUGCACCGGAGGGAGUAAGGAUGGCAAUUUGAACCCGCCCUGCCAGGUAUUACCCGACCUGACUCUCGAUAGGACGGGUAUUAUCCGACCCGCAGUAGCAUGGGGCGGGGCAUGUGUAUCAACUUCCAAUCCGUCCUGGCCCGCCCCCGCCCUGUUCUUGGUAGGACUGGCUAUUUGGUCCGGACUGUUUGGUUUUACCCGAAACAGGACCGUAUAACUCGGACCGGGACCGAAUUGGUACCGGAUAGCAAACAAUCCAAUCUCAUAUUUGGGCUUAGAUUUGAGGUAAAAACCCCCAGAUAAAGACCGGAUAAGAGACCCCCAACACCUAAAAUCAAGAUCAAUUGGGACCAAACCGGAUCAAGACCGGAUUGUAUCCAAUCCAAUCUUUGGUCCUUAUAUUCCCUAAAAGACCGGACUGGGACCGGAUCAAUUUGGUCCAAUUUAACCGGACCGGACCGUAUAGCCACCCCUAGUUCUUGGCCCGUUCUAGGUCAAUUUCUUAUUCCAUCCAUUCAUAUAUCUUCUACUUUGGUUUUUGUUUUCAACUAGAUAGACUUGAUCUUUCAACUAAAUAGACUCAAUUACCCAUUAUAUUAUCACUAUUAUUCAUUUAUAAAGUCUUUUUCCCUUUCUUUUAUCGUAAAAAGUAAAAUUUUGGUUGUAAUUUUUUUAAAUAGCAUAUAAGAGUGGGUCGACCCGCCCCGUUCUGGAUGCCCGCCCCAUGCUACUAUGGGGUGGGGCGGGUAAUACCCGCACGGGUACAGAACGAGUAUUACCCCCCCCCCCCACCCCAUAGUAGCAUGGGGCGGGCAUGGGUAUUGAGGUACCUGCCCCACCCCGACCCAUUGCGAUCACUAGGAGGGAGUCGAGGUUGAUAGGGUGAUGGCGAUCAUGAUGGUGGCGGUGACGCUACGGCAGAUGAUUUAUCCGGCAAGGAAUGGGAUCAUGUGGCUCAUCUCAGCAAGAAGCUCUUCAUGCUGGAAGCAGUAGACAAUUAUGAAGUCGACAUGGAUCUUGAACAGCCAGGAUAAGUCUUGAGGACAAGACUUAUUCGAAGGGGGUGGUAUGUUACGUGCUGCUAGUGGACGAAUAUUUGGGGAUUGCAUCGAAUUAGUAGGUCGAGGUGGGGAGAGAGGUUUGGAGAAGGCAUCUUUUUCGCGACGGGACAGACCUUGGUCGGAGUUCUUCCGACCGCAGAUUGCAGGUUUGACUUCUUUUUUGUUUUAUUUAUUUUUAAAUUUACAGUAAUAAUGAGGUGGAAAUUAUAAAAAAUUAAAUGAAUUUUUUAUUAUUAUUUCUAUUUGUCACAUCGCUCAUUUAACGGUCAACUAUAAAGGAUGACUGCCAAAUCAACAAAAAUUAAUGGAGACUAACGGAGAGUGCCCAAACUUGAACUGCUGAACUAAUCUUAGUGACCAUGAAUGGAAUAAAUUAUUUUAGUGGCAAACAUGAAAUUGUUCGUAAUUCCAAUGACCAAACUUGCAAUUUACCCCAAAAUUCCUCAUGUCCCUUAUGUGAUUAGCGAUAUAGCUUAUAUUGUCUUCGGCUAAAUUGCAAGUUUGGUGACUGGAAUUACUUAAAAAUUUCACGUUUGCCACUAAAAUUAAUUUAUUCCAUUUGUAGUCACUUAAAUUAGGUUAACAGUUCAAGUUUGGUCACUGGCCGUUAGUCUCCGUUAACUUUUGUUGAUGUGGCGGUCAACUCUUAUAGUUGACCGUUAAAUAAGUGACGUGACAAUUAAAAAAUCAAUAAAAUAAUUUAAUUAUU